CAGACUUGUCUGAAGGUUUCUUGAAAAAUACUUGUAGCAAGGCUGUACCCUUUGGUUUUACUAUCCAAGCACAUGACAACCAGGGGAGCAAACGUUGAUAAAAUCGUUACUCUUCAAAAGAUACCCAUAUAGAAGAUUCUAAGGAAAGAUCGGGAUGCCUAGAACCAAGGGAAACCAUACCACAGUCAAAUCGAAAACAGAGAAGAAGUUACGAAGGAAAAUUUCUCAGAGUAAUGGGAAAGCUAAAAUUGCGAGAAGAAGAAAAAAGUCAACAGGCGGGGUGAGCCCACGAAGUGACUCAUCAGGAAUCAGCGUUAAUCAAGAUGACGCAAGCGCCGUAGCUCCCGACAAGAUCAACAUGGCGGCAGUUUAUUCAAGAGAAGCGAGUUUUGAUGACAACAAAUCUGAUUUAUUUGACGAUGAUGAAGACAGUAGAGGAUUUCUCCAUCCUAAUGAAUCAGAUGAAGAUACCGAAGAUGCAAGUGAGACAGACAUGGCUAAGCUUGAAGAGGAAUUCACAGAGAUGAAAGAGCAAAUGUAUCAAGAAAAGUUACGGGACUACAAGAAUCAACUUCACUUGCUUAAUAUUGGAAAACAUGAAGAAUAUUCCAGGCGGCUCAAGGAACUGGAAAAAAUUCGUGAUGAGCGGCUUCUCAUCACAGAAAUCUGCAAGAACUAUGAGUUUGAGCUUAUAGAAAGUGAGCACAUUAAAGAGAAGCAAUCAAUACAACAAGAAUAUGAGCAAAAGAAGAUAGAUCUAAAAGAAACUUUGUUAUCUGAGCUGCAAGACAAAAAGAGAACAAUUGAAGCUGAGAGAGUUUCCAUGGAACUGACUGGAGAUUCUGUUGAGAUUAAGCCUGCUGUAACAAGAAAGUUGAGAAGAAGACCUAAUGAGCCAUUACCUGCCCCUGAAAAAAGAAGAAAGACAUCACCCCAAAUAAAUUACCUGCUGGACGAAGAUGACAUUAUAGACGACCUAAGAGCUCUAAACAAAUUUUUGCCAACCAGAGAGAACACAAACUCCCCAGCACUUUCUCAGAGUAAAGGAAACAGCCGAGUAAAAGGUGACUCAGGCAACAAUAGUAGUCACUCAGACUCAAGUCACUCAGAUGCACGACUUGAUGAUGGCAAGUUAUAUUAUGACAAAAAAUGGUUCCAUAAAGGUAAUAGUAUUAUAGUAGAAAACAGAGAUGGUGCCAAAUACAGUGGAACAUUGUCAUCCAUUGGACAAAAUGAGAUUGUUAUAAAGAAAACAGACAACACAAAGACCAAAAUCUACUUGACAUCCCUUCAGAAAGGAAAAUUUAUUCUUAAGAAAAAGAACAACACUGCAUCAUAACCAUGAUAUUGGAAAUAAUAUAAUCCWGUAAUAUACUCCAUUCACUAUCCUGUUUAUGCAGGAAACUUAAGGCUUACGGCAGCAUAAGAUAAGAAGAGGAUCAGUCCUUUCUUUUUUCAACUUUUGUAUGUGUCAAAACCUUUGUUUAUCCAGCGGCAACUCAUCCGUAAUCACUAGAACAUGAGAAAGGAUGUCUUUGUUGUAAGUGAUCCUCUGUGUGAGAACUUUCGUUUCCAAAACAGUUUAUCCAUUUACAUGCGAAUCAUGCAAAACUGUAGCACUUUAAAAUUGCUUCACUAAUGAUACUUAUUGAUAUUUUAUUUUCAAAAUACAGUAGUGUACAGGACACCCUGCUAACGCUGUAAUAACUUACGCUUUCUUAAAGCGAUGCAUAAGUUCUUCAUUUGGGACAUCCCCCUAACAAAUUCCUGUAUCCGCAGCCCCAGUAUCCGCAGCCCCAUUAUGGAUUCUAUCAAUGUCAUAUGAAUAGCAGGUUUAACUGUAUCGAAAUAAAAUAUAUUAACUAUAUGGUU